UGUUUAUACCUAAUAGAGUGUUUGAUCCAGUAACUCUAACCUUCUUACAUAUUGAUAAAAGAUGUGUUAAACUUACAAAUUAUUAAUAUUUUUAACAUCCACCACAAGGACGCAAGGUCUACGGCUGAGGUCAAAGCUACGAAAUGUCUACGCGCUACAACGUCUCCGUAGACGUCGCUACGAAGCGAAAGUCGUUAGUUGAAAAUCUCUGCUACAGUAGGUAACAACCUCUCACUAGAUAAUAUGUUUUACAAACAUCCACACUCAUUUCCCAAACGAAGAAAAUUUUACACGAUAACUUUUGAUAAGUUCAUUUAUUGAGAGAAACAUUUCAUUUUUAAAAGUAUAAUAUCUGAGUUUAGCAAAUUAUUCAUAAUAAAACUGUAAGUUAUAAGGUUUGAACUUUCACAUGACCCAAAACAAACGCACCCCAAUCACCCGCCAAUCAAACAAUCGACAUGGUACCCACUAAUUACAUAUAACAAGCGCAAAUUAAUCAUCAGACGAGAUAAAUUAGCGACGCGUGCUCGGUCCGUACCGCGACUAUUUCGGUGUGGGCGGGGAAUGAUUCAGUUCGGGCCAGUCGCGCGCCGACCGCUCACGGGAGAACAUAGGCGCACCGCGUACGAGCGUCGAGCAGGGAGUCACCGAGCGCUGUUGCGAUGGCGCGAUGAAGACAGACAGGCGCGCGGCGUUGUGGGCUCUGCUGUGCCUGUGCUGUGCCGUCCUCGCCGCGCCGCGCCGCCUCUACUGCGACCGCGCCGACGUCGCCUGGCGGGCCUACCGCGCGCCGGCCGCCUUCGAGGCGCGCGUCCAGUCGCUCGCCCGCGACGCCGCCACCGUGCAGAUCCGCCGCGUCUUCCGCCACCAGGGCCACUGGCCGCAUGAGAACGCCGUGCUGCGCCUCAAGCUGCCGCCCGACCACCUCGACUGCUCCGGCCGCUUCGAGGUGCCGCUCAAGAACCGCCACAACUAUAUCGUGUUCGCCGAGAGACGGGGCCACUCCGCCGUCGCUCUCGGCCCUCCCAUCAAGAGGACCGCCAAGUUGGUUAAGAGGAUUCGUGCCGUCUACAAGCCUGGUUACAGUAGCCCAGCGCGAGUGGAACCAAUGCAGUCGGUGAGGACGACACGAGGCAACAGGGUGCGACUGGAGUGCAAAGCUAGCGCACGGCCGCCCCCGCGUAUAUCGUGGUAUAAGGAUGGAAAGCCUGUCGCUGAUAUCGCGUUAAGAAGAUUUCGGGUGCAAAACUUCAGGAGGCGCUCAGUGUUAGUGAUAAGGCAUGCGCGCAGUGAAGACUCAGCGAUGUAUGAAUGCAGGGCGCAAGGAGCGGUAGGCCCACCGGCCAUCGCCAGCGCUAACGUCAGCGUUCUACCCCCUGUCACAGCUGCGCCUGAUGACUCGACUACGUUGGGCUCGCCGUGUCCGAUGCCCGACCCGUCGUCCUACUGCCUCAAUGGAGGCACAUGCUUGUUCUUCGAAAUUGUUCAGGAACAAGCUUGCAAAUGUCCGGAAGGCUUCAACGGGCAGCGUUGCGAGAACAAGGAUAUAUCGAACAGAAGCAGUAUGUCCCAUUCCUACACAUGUAAACUGGGCCUCUCGAUUACGUACUACUGUUAGCCAGCGAAGCGCAGGCGCAUAACCCACCUCGUUCCAAUUUUAAAUUUAAAAUUUUUAGCUCGCGACUUUCCGACGCACUCGGCUGGACUGUGAAAACUUUUACGUUUUACGAGACAGAUAUUUGCAUCUAUUUGUAGAUUUACAUUCAUAUUUCUUAACAUUAUCAAUGUUAAAUAUGUUUUUAUUUGUUUUUUAAUUUAUGCUAAUGCUGCUACAUUUUGAAAGUUAUUCCACUAUUUGUUUUAUGUGACUGUUAACGUAGUUUUCACAGCCCUUGAGCCUAGUGAUUCCAUCGCGAAGGUUUAUAGGAAAAAUACGAGAAUGAUGCAAAUACGAGCUGUAGCAAAUGUUGCGACAGUGUUUAUGCUGACUACUUAGGAAUCGUUUUAGUUGCCAGCCGUGCGCUAGGCUAUUGUAAAUAAAAGAUUUUUUAACUAUGAAUCUCGAGCCUAAAAAUCGAUGACGUAGAUUCUAACUUAUUGAUUUUUAGUCGUUAAUAUCUAUCGCUUUUAUGUAGGUACAUUCAUUUAUAUUCGGUAACAUUUUAACUUCAAGGAGCUUUAAAUUAUUAUUAAAUUAUUUAUACUAAUAGCCCAGUGAGAUUAUAAACUUUUAAGUAUAUUUCCAUUUAACAGUUCCAACAAUUAUAUUAACUAUAAUUAUAAUUGAACUGAUUUCUUAACAUUUCAGGAGUUUUAUCGAUUUCUCUUUGGUGAUAACCGAAAUAAGUCCUAUUUAAGACUUCAUUUUUAUAUGCAUUGCAAAAAGUGCUAUUUCCUUUACUUAUACUAUGAAGCGAUAACUUUUGCAAUCCAUUUGUUCUUCUAUAAUUGAAGAUGUAAAUAUUUUAAUCAUAUUUGUAAUAUUUGCAAUUUAUUAUUGUUAUUAUUAACUGUAAGGUUUGAUAACUAGUAGUAUGUAAUAUUAUGAUAAAGAGACUUUGCAACUUAUGUACAUAUCUAUUAGGGUAAGGGUUUUUACAAAAAUACAAUUAUAAAAAUAGAAUGGCGAGCUUGCUAUGUAAAUUAAAUACUUAUUAAUUAUUAAAGGCUGAAGUGAAUAAGAGUUUGUAAGACCAAAUUAACAAAGCUAUUGGAUAUGAGCAGUCUAGCUUCCUAAUUCUUGAGACUGCCGAUUUAUAUAACAACGAAACGCUCUUAUCAUUUUAUAAAUCAGUAACUAACUUGAUAAUGCUUACACAUUAAGUGAACACUAAGCAUAGCAAGUGCAGCCACAAUGUAGUAAAAAAGGCAAUUCCCACAUUUUCACCGGUCCGUUACAUCACCUAGUCAGAUACCAGUUUUAACUAUAGCUAGGUAGAAAUAAAUGAAUUAAUUUAUAUAUAAUUUUACGAGUGUGUCUAAUUGGACGUAUGGUUGUGGAUAUAGCGAUAACAUUUUUUUAUUUCACUGUUUCUCUCUAACUCGCUAUAUGGGACCGAAACUUGCACAAUAGUUAUACAAUCCUUGUUGAUUUCAUUUUGUAUAAAGUUCUUACGAAUUUAAGUUCACUAUUUAUAUUUUGUAAUUAAAGUAGAAAACUGACUAUUUAUUUUUAAUAAAAUUUUGAGGAUUUUAGGGCAUUUAUACGUCUAAGAUGGAAUGGCGUCGUUCGUGAAAAUUCCGAACUCUUUGGUAAAUAUUCAGUUUGAGUAAUGUUGCAAAGGUCAAGUACUUAAAGCUUUUAAUUAAAAUAAUUGUUACACUGCGCUAGUGAAGCAAUUUGUAUUCGUAUUUUCUCAGAAUGACGUCAUUACAUUUUCAAACUUGAGCAUUGUAUUCUCACAACAAAUAUUAAGGCGCGAACAUCAUGUCAAGUCUAUGUAAUGGAUAUACCAAAAUCACAAUAAAAGAAUGAGUGUUGGAAUUAACAGAAAGGCGACAACGUUCUGUUUUUAUUUU